GUGCCUGGGGCAGCGGGUCACGAGGCUCCGCCCCCGGCCGCCCGGCCCCGGGGGACGCACUUUGUUCAGGAUGCCGCCUCCCCGCUCAUUGUGGGGCCGUGGCCGCCGGCGGCCCUAGUGCGAGGCGCGUCCUGAGCGCUCGGCGGACGCCGAUCCCAGUGCGAGGGGCGGACCCGGCCGAGGACCCCGGAGAAACUUUCUUAUCGCGAGGAGAGCGCGCCCGGCCCGGCGCCGCGCGGGGGAUGCGCUACUGUGCGCGGCGGCGGCGCGGACCGGGACCCGGAGCCAGAGCCGGAGCGGGCAGGCUCGCCGGACACUAGUCCUCAGGGCUGCUUGCUAACCAUGAAUGGGAUGGCCAAUGUGAACUCUGCCAGCCGCCCCCACUAUACCUCCUCCAUCCCUGUGCCUCGAGCUGCUUCCCAGACCAGGAUUCAUACCCCGGGUGCCUCUCCCCAGCUGCGGCCACGCCAGGCCGGCCUGGCCCUGAGCCCCCAGCGUGCAGCCUCGCCGAGACUGGGCAGGGCAGGAGGCCCUUCCAGAAACUCCUCUCCUAAGGCCUCCCGGGGGAGAGGCUCCCCGAAGUCUUCUGGGACGGUGAGAGAGUCAGCUGAAGGUGGCGAAGGCCUUUCCAGCUCCCCAUGGAGCAGUCCCAGGGCAACCCCCAAAGCAGCCCUCUCCAGCUGCACUGGGUCCAGAAGAGUUGGGGAGACACAAGGCACCCGGGGAAAGAAGAAGGUGGCUCAAGAAGGGAUUCCAGUCCUCCAGAGCCGGGGCAGGAGCCCAUCCCGACCAAGCUCUCGUGGAGAAACUCAAAUACCAGGGGCUCCUGAAGGUCGAAGACCACCUGACUAUCCAAGAAAGGAUCAAAGAGAUACAAGCUACAGAGGUUCAGGGGUCCCCAGGUCUUUGGAGCCCGAUGCUGGGGCAGUGUCCGGGGCUUCCUCCCCGGGGUGCAGCCCUGUGCAGAGCAAACGCCCCUCCCCCACCCCGGGGGUCAUCAGCUUCGCCUCGGCCCAUCAACAGAGUCAGCCAGUCACGGCCACAGUGGCCCCCUUCCAGUACAGGAUUCAGACAGACCAGGAGCCCGGCCCCCUCCCUCAGGCUGGCUGGGUCCUUGAUGGCUACUCCAGCUGCCCCGGUGGGACUGAGGAGUGCUUCUGUGCAGACGCGCGGAUCGUCCAUGCGCUCCUCGCGGGCAGAAUGCUGGGCAGCAGCGUCAAGAGCGUGCAGCCCGAGGUGGAGCUGAGCGGCGGCGGCGGCGGGGACGAGGGCGCGGACGAGCCUCGGGGCGCCGGUAGGAAGGCAGCAGCGGCGGACGGCAGAGGUAUGCUGCCCAAGCGCGCCAAGGCGCCCGGCGGCGGUAGCGGCAUGGCCAAGGCCAGCGCGGCCGAGCUGAAGGUCUUCAAGUCUGGCAGCGUGGACAGCCGAGUCCCCGGCGGGCCUCCCACCUCCAACCUGCGCAAGCAGAAGUCGCUAACCAACCUCUCGUUCCUCACCGACUCGGAGAAAAAGCUGCAGCUCUAUGAGCCCGAGUGGAGCGACGAUAUGGCCAAGGCGCCCAAGGGCUUGGGCAAGGCGGGGUCCAAAGGCCGCGAAGCUCCGCUUAUGUCCAAGACGCUGUCCAAGUCGGAGCACUCGCUCUUCCAGGCAAAGGGCAGCCCGGCGGGCGGCGCCAAGACCCCCCUGGCUCCCCUCGCGCCCAGCCUGGGGAAGCCGAGCCGGAUCCCGCGCGGCCCCUACGCCGAGGUCAAGCCGCUCAGCAAGGCUCCUGAGGCAGCCGUAAGCGACGAUGGCAAGUCAGACGACGAGCUGCUCUCUAGCAAGGCCAAGGCGCAAAAGGGCUCCGGGCCCGUGCCCUCCGCCAAGGGCCAGGAGGAGCGCGCCUUCCUCAAAGUGGACCCCGAGCUCGUGGUGACCGUGCUGGGAGACCUGGAGCAGCUGCUCUUCAGCCAGAUGCUGGACCCAGAAUCCCAGAGAAAGAGGACAGUGCAGAAUGUCCUGGAUCUUCGACAGAACCUGGAAGAGACCAUGUCCAGUCUGCGAGGGUCCCAGGUGACUCACAGCUCCCUGGAGACGACGUGCUACGACAGUGAUGACGCCAACCCUCGCAGCGUGUCCAGCCUCUCCAGCCGCUCAUCCCCCCUCUCCUGGCGCUAUGGCCAGUCCAGUCCGCGGCUGCAGGCUGGGGACGCGCCCUCGGUGGGCGGCGGAUGCCGCUCGGAGGGGCCGCCGGCCUGGUACAUGCACGGGGAACGGGCCCUCUACUCGCACACCAUGCCCAUGCGCAGCCCCAGCAAGCUCAGCCACAUCUCCCGCCUGGAGCUGGUCGAGUCCCUGGACUCGGACGAGGUGGACCUCAAGUCCGGCUACAUGAGUGACAGCGACCUCAUGGGCAAGACCAUGACGGAGGACGACGACAUCACUACCGGCUGGGAUGAAAGCAGCUCCAUCAGCAGUGGGCUCAGCGAUGCCUCAGACAACCUCAGCUCAGAAGAGUUCAAUGCCAGCUCCUCCCUCAACUCCCUCCCAACAACUCCCACCGCCUCUCGCAGGAACUCUACAAUAGUGCUCCGCACAGACUCAGAGAAGCGCUCACUGGCUGAAAGUGGGCUGAGCUGGUUUAGUGAGUCAGAGGAGAAGACCCCCAAAAAACUGGAGUACGACAGCGGUAGCCUGAAGAUGGAACCUGGGACUUCGAAGUGGCGGAGAGAGCGGCCCGAGAGCUGUGAUGAUUCAUCCAAGAUUGGAGAACUGAAAAAGCCUGUGAGCCUGGGACACCCUGGUUCCCUGAAGAAGGGCAAGACCCCGCCAGUGGCUGUCACGUCCCCCAUCACUCACACAGCCCAGAGCGCCCUCAAAGUCGCAGGCAAACCUGAAGGCAAAGCUACCGACAAGGGCAAACUUGCAGUGAAGAACACGGGGCUGCAGCGCUCCUCGUCGGACGCCGGCCGGGACCGCCUGAGCGAUGCUAAGAAGCCUCCCUCCGGCAUUGCCCGCCCCUCCACUUCGGGAUCUUUUGGCUACAAGAAGCCGCCUCCUGCCACAGGCACCGCCACCGUCAUGCAGACAGGUGGUUCAGCCACUCUCAGCAAGAUCCAGAAGUCCUCAGGCAUCCCUGUCAAGCCCGUGAACGGACGCAAAACCAGCCUAGAUGUGUCCAACAGUGCGGAGCCUGGGUUCCUGGCUCCUGGCGCCCGUUCCAACAUCCAGUACCGAAGCCUGCCCCGGCCAGCCAAGUCCAGUUCUAUGAGCGUGACCGGCGGCCGGGGCGGACCUCGCCCAGUUAGCAGCAGCAUUGACCCCAGCCUCCUCAGCACGAAGCAGGGGGGCCUUACCCCUUCCAGACUAAAGGAACCUUCCAAGGUGGCCAGUGGGCGGACCACUCCAGCCCCUGUCAAUCAGACGGAUCGAGAAAAGGAGAAAGCCAAAGCCAAGGCAGUGGCCUUGGACUCGGACAACAUCUCCCUGAAGAGCAUUGGCUCCCCAGAGAGUACUCCUAAGAACCAAGCCAGCCACCCUCCAGCCACCAAGUUGACAGAGCUGCCACCAACCCCUCUCAGGGCCACAGCUAAGAGCUUUGUCAAGCCACCCUCACUAGCCAACCUAGACAAGGUCAACUCCAACAGUCUGGAUCUGCCAUCAUCGAGUGAUGCCCACGCUUCCAAGGUCCCAGACCUGCAUCCCACAAGUUCAGCAAGCGGGAGCCCUCUUCCUUCUUGCUUCACCCCCAGUCCAGCACCCAUUCUCAAUAUUAACUCAGCCAGCUUCUCCCAGGGCCUGGAGCUGAUGAGUGGUUUCAGUGUCCCCAAAGAGACCCGCAUGUACCCCAAACUCUCAGGCCUGCACAGGAGCAUGGAGUCCCUCCAGAUGCCAAUGAGCCUGCCCAGUGCCUUCCCCAGCAGUACUCCUGGUCCCACCCCACCUGCCCCUGCCGCUGCACCCCCAGAGGAAGAAACAGAAGAGCUGGCCUGGAGCGGAAGCCCCAGAACUGGGCAGUUGGACAGUAAUCAGCGGGAUCGGAACACUCUUCCCAAGAAAGGGCUCAGGUACCAGCUUCAGUCCCAGGAGGAGACCAAGGAGAGGCGACACUCCCAUACCAUUGGUGGGCUGCCCGAAUCCGACGACCAGUCAGAGCUGCCUUCCCCCCCUGCACUCUCCAUGUCCUUGAGCGCAAAGGGCCAACUUACCAACAUAGUGAGUCCCACUGCGGCCACCACGCCAAGAAUCACCCGCUCCAACAGCAUUCCCACCCACGAGGCGGCCUUCGAGCUGUACAGCGGCUCCCAAAUGGGGAGCACCCUGUCCCUGGCCGAGAGACCCAAGGGGAUGAUUCGGUCAGGAUCCUUCCGAGACCCCACGGACGAUGUUCAUGGCUCAGUGCUGUCCCUGGCCUCCAGCGCCUCCUCCACUUACUCCUCAGCUGAGGAGAGGAUGCAAUCCGAGCAAAUCCGGAAGCUUCGUAGGGAACUGGAAUCAUCCCAGGAAAAAGUGGCCACCCUGACGUCUCAACUUUCCGCCAAUGCUAAUCUAGUGGCAGCUUUCGAGCAGAGCCUGGUGAAUAUGACAUCCCGCCUCCGACACCUGGCGGAGACAGCAGAGGAGAAGGAUACUGAGCUGCUGGAUUUAAGAGAAACGAUAGACUUUCUGAAGAAGAAGAACUCUGAAGCACAGGCCGUCAUUCAGGGAGCCCUUAAUGCCUCAGAAACCACACCCAAAGAACUCCGAAUCAAGAGACAGAACUCUUCGGACAGCAUCUCGAGCCUCAACAGCAUCACCAGCCAUUCCAGCAUUGGCAGCAGCAAGGAUGCUGAUGCAAAAAAGAAGAAAAAAAAGAGCUGGGUCUAUGAGCUUCGAAGUUCCUUCAACAAAGCCUUCAGCAUAAAAAAGGGACCCAAGUCCGCUUCCUCCUACUCUGACAUUGAGGAGAUCGCCACCCCGGACUCCUCCGCCCCGUCAUCCCCUAAACUACAGCACGGCUCCACGGAGACCGCAUCGCCCUCCAUCAAGUCCUCCAACUCCUCCUCUGUGGGCGUAGAUGUCGCGGAGGGCCCCGCUCACCCGGGACCCCACACUAGGCUGUUCCAUGGCAACGAGGAGGAGGAGCCGGAGAAGAAGGAGGUGUCAGAACUGCGCUCUGAGCUGUGGGAGAAGGAGAUGAAGCUUACAGACAUCCGCUUGGAAGCCCUCAACUCCGCCCACCAGCUGGACCAGCUUCGGGAGACGAUGCACAAUAUGCAGCUGGAGGUGGACCUGCUGAAAGCCGAGAACGACCGGCUGAAGGUCGCCCCAGGCCCCUCCUCGGGCUCCACUCCAGGGCAGGUCCCCGGGUCUUCUGCAUUAGCCUCCCCUCGCCGCUCCCUGGGCCUUGCCCUCACCCAUUCCUCCAGCCCAAGUCUCACUGACACAGACCUGUCACCCAUGGAUGGAAUCAGCACCUGUGGCCCAAAGGAGGAAGUGACCCUUCGGGUGGUGGUACGGAUGCCCCCCCAGCACAUCAUCAAAGGGGACUUGAAACAGCAGGAAUUCUUCCUGGGCUGUAGCAAGGUCAGUGGAAAAGUGGACUGGAAGAUGCUAGACGAAGCUGUUUUCCAAGUGUUCAAGGACUACAUUUCUAAGAUGGACCCAGCCUCCACCCUGGGACUGAGCACCGAGUCCAUCCAUGGCUACAGCAUCAGCCACGUGAAGCGGGUGUUGGACGCGGAGCCUCCAGACAUGCCUCCCUGCCGCCGAGGCGUCAACAACAUAUCGGUCUCCCUCAAAGGUCUGAAGGAGAAGUGCGUCGACAGCCUGGUGUUCGAGACACUGGUCCCCAAGCCGAUGAUGCAGCACUACAUAAGCCUUCUGCUCAAGCACCGGCGCCUCGUCCUCUCGGGCCCCAGUGGCACGGGCAAGACCUACCUGACCAACCGGCUGGCCGAGUACUUGGUGGAGCGCUCCGGCCGCGAGGUCACCGAGGGCAUCGUCAGCACCUUCAACAUGCACCAGCAGUCUUGCAAGGAUCUGCAACUGUAUCUCUCCAACCUGGCCAACCAGAUAGACAGGGAAACAGGAAUCGGAGACGUCCCACUGGUGAUCCUGCUGGAUGACCUGAGUGAAGCAGGCUCCAUCAGUGAGCUGGUCAAUGGGGCCCUCACCUGCAAGUACCACAAAUGUCCUUAUAUCAUAGGUACCACCAAUCAGCCUGUAAAAAUGACACCUAAUCACGGCUUGCACUUGAGCUUCAGGAUGCUGACCUUCUCCAACAACGUGGAGCCAGCCAAUGGCUUCCUGGUUCGUUACCUGAGGAGGAAGCUGGUGGAGUCGGACAGCGACAUCAAUGCCAACAAGGAAGAACUGCUUCGGGUGCUCGACUGGGUGCCCAAGCUGUGGUACCACCUCCACACCUUCCUUGAGAAGCACAGCACCUCAGACUUCCUCAUCGGCCCUUGCUUCUUUCUGUCCUGCCCCAUUGGCAUUGAGGACUUCCGGACCUGGUUCAUUGACCUGUGGAACAAUUCUAUCAUUCCCUACCUACAGGAAGGAGCGAAGGAUGGGAUCAAGGUCCACGGACAGAAAGCCGCUUGGGAGGACCCAGUAGAGUGGGUCCGGGACACUCUUCCCUGGCCAUCAGCCCAACAAGACCAAUCGAAGCUGUACCACCUGCCCCCUCCCACCGUGGGCCCUCAUAGCAUUGCCUCACCUCCCGAGGAUAGGACGGUCAAAGACAGCACCCCAAGUUCUCUGGACUCAGACCCUCUGAUGGCCAUGCUGCUGAAACUUCAAGAAGCUGCCAAUUACAUUGAGUCUCCAGAUCGAGAAACCAUCCUGGACCCCAACCUCCAGGCCACGCUUUGAGGGUCUGGCGUCACUGUCACCCCAGACAGCAGAAUGCUGGCAUCAGCGACAUUCUCUCCUCCUCUCCCCUCUCUUCUUCCAGAGCACUGGUUCUCCAGCCCAAGAGAACAGGAGGGGGAGGAGGAGGAAAGGAAGAGGGCAGGUUCUUGGUGCUGCACCUUGAUUGAGAACUUCCUAGUAAGGACUGGUGGGGUGGAGCUUGGAAACUUGUGUCCCCUAGAUACAUUUACUGGCCUCCUCUCAUGACUUUGGGGAAAAGAUGAUUCUGGGUCUUUUUCCUUGAUUUCGUGUCUCAAUUAGGGACUCCUAGGCUUUCUGGGAAGGGGUUCAGAAGACAUCAGAAAAUCCUGCAGCAGUUCCUAACUGAUUCUCAUGAACAGCUCUGGGAGAGACAGCCCUGUGUGGGGACAUCUAAGGGAGGCGGAAGCUCCCCAGAAUUUGUCGCAGACCCUUCUGAGUUCCGUCACCACUGCCAAUAACUCUUCCCCCAGAGAUCUGGCUGGAGCCCAGAAAAAGCAGCAUGUGGUUUAAAAAAUGUUUAAAUCAAUCUGUAAAAGGUAUUUAAAAAAAAAAAAAAGAAAAAGAAAAAGAAAGAAAGAAAAAGAAAAGAUGACGCUGGAGAGAGGAAGCAGUUGCCAAGGUAGAGAGCGUGCUGCCCAUCCCUGGAUGAUGUAGGGGACCACAACCAGAUGGCUGCCUAUCUUGGAAGUCACCAAACCACAACAAUAGCAUUCCAGCCUUCAGAGAAAGACUGCUAGCUCUGUCUUAUACCCUCUAAUUUAACAUGCAUGAGAGUCAAUAAACCCUACUUUCUUCUUUAUUUUUGCUUUUUGUUUUGUUUCUUUUUCCCCCUCCCAUGUGCCUAUUUAUUUUCCUUUUCCUUCUUUCUUUUCUUUUUCUCCCCCCACCCCCAUUUCCUCUCAUGUCCACAAAAUGCUUGGGUUGCUUUUACUGGGGCUAGUUUGGCUUUUCCAAGUGGGUUUUCUUCAGAGAAUCUGAUGCCAUCUCAUUGGCACUAGCUAGAUGCCUGCCGUACCACUAUCUUUGGCAGCCUUGGGACUUACAGGAGACUGGAAGCAUUGAUUCAGACAAAAGUUAGUAGAAGAACCUUGACUUUGCUAUUGAGAAAGCACACAUUCUGCCUGGGAGCUCAGCUGCCAGCCUUCAGCCUGAAAGUGAUAGAAGCCUUAUGCUGAUAGAAGAUCUACUCUGAGCUCCACACAGGACUGGAGGAAAACCAGGAACCUGGGAAUAUUCCUUUGUGUUGUGGCCUUUUGAGCCCCUACUGCACUAUUCUGAUGGUGGCCGCUCUGCUGACUGAAUCCAAAAUCUGUAACUGGCAUUUACUAUUUGUUCUUGACAAGUAAAUACUCACUUCUAGGAGACCGGACAUCCAUAGGAAAUACUCAAAAUCAGAAUGUAAGUUUCAAGGAAUUUGAUUUGGUGGCAAGGAUGUGCCUUCUAAAGGGAUCUACCUUCACCAGAAGUUGCCCUGAAGGCCCGGCAGUCUGUAUGCCUUCACUCAGCAAACACUGAGUACUUACUGUCUACCAGUCGCCAGGUUUAAAAAAAAAAAAAAAAAAGGCAAGACUUGAGCCGUUGUGUUCACAGUCUAGUAGGAAAUCUUAAUCUCCAUUAAGUGCUCAUCCCCUGCUUAUCUAGACCCUCAGGAUCAUCUAAGAAAUGUAGCCAAAACCCAAGGUGCCAUCUAGAAAGAAGCCUUUGAUUGUCUAAUACAGGAGGGGCAGAAGAUCUGGGAUCCAUUAGAUGGACCCUGAAGGACUAUGGAACCUUGCUUAUCUCAAGUGGACACGUCCUUUUCCCGGCAUUUCUGGAAGCCACUGUGGGAUGAGAUCCAGCCUGAACUGCCUGGCGAGGAUGAAGUUUCAGGCUCUGCAGAUCAAAGACACAGGGUGAGCCCGGGCCCAAGUGUGCAUUCUUCAGAUUCCUAUGUAGCACAAGACCUUAUCUGAAUCUACAGGUGUACUCAUCUGGACUGUUCUGUUCCACCCAACCAAGGAGUACAUGCAUCUGACUCUUCAUAUCAGAAUCUUUCCAUUUAGGUCCAACAGAUGGUUCAGGUUGCUCCCCAAGAAAGCUUCUGCCUUCACCUGGUUGCUUUCAGGGAUGACAGGGCGCUCUAUGCUGGAGACUUUUUACUGCUUUUGCUGCUAAGUCCAUGAGCUGUGAAGAUCCCCAACCAACUCAGCUGUAAAAUAUGCAAUUCCGUGGUGGGAAGAGGCUGCUUGUUCAAGGAUGGUGCUGACAUCACUGCCUUAAGGUCUCUGCUGUGCAGAAUGAGGAGGCCUCAGAGCUGGGUGUUCUCACUUGGAUGGAAGGGAAGACCGGGAUGGGCCUACUUUGGACCGAGGCCUCUUCUGAACCCUGUCCUUAGCUCCAGUCCCAUGGCAAGGCUCAGACUUUCAAUGCCAUCUUAAUUGGGUGGUUGAGCCCUUAACUCUCUACUUUCUGGUGCUGCCCAGUCAGUGCCUUCUAUCAUGGAUGUUACUGGCUACUUAGAAAAAGGAACGAGGGGAACCCCUUCCUCCAUUCCAACUGCCUCAGACCUCCAAAGGGAUUCUUGACUCCGUAGAAACCAUGGAUACCACCGUGAAUUUUACUUGGAUCCUCAGCAGGUUGAUUCUGGAGGCCUCUCGUGUUAUGAAUUUUACUCUCUAUUUCUGGGACCCACCACCCUCUACUCUGAGUUGACUGCUGCAUUUAGCCCAGGUCUCUAGUUGCUUUCCUCCAAAAAGUGCGUUCCCAUCUAAUGAGGUGGCACUGCAGCCUCAGCUUUCCCUCUGGAGCCUGGGACCCUGUUUACAGUCGCACACUUGGGCCCCGCAUUGUGGGGAUGUGUCGUCUCACCAAGGAAUCAUGCUUACGUGGCAACUGCAGAAGGUUGAGCCUCCUCAUGGUGCUAUAACCCCUUGGGGUGCUCAUCCAGACUUCUCUGAAGCAGAAAACCUGAGCUCCCCCUCACUGCCCUAGAAUUAAUGGCAAGAGCGAAUCCACAGCAUUCUCUCCUACUUACACAUCUGCUUCUUAGUUGAGACUACUGGGAUCCCUCCGAAAAUGAAAACCGGGUCCCAUAGCUAACUUCUCAGCCCCCGGGCACCUUCAGAAGAACCCAGCCUAUGUAGGACUGGGAUGUGUGCUCUCCCUUUCCUCUCCAGACCCUCAACUCCAUUCCUCACCAAAGUGGGCUAGCAGACGACAUGGUUCAGUACCCAACAUCAACUUCUGGGGAGAGCCACGACUCCAGGAGAGGUCCCUACGCAGACUCCCUCUCAUUUCUGGAUGAAGACGACCAACACAUUUUGUCCAGUGUAUGUGUUUCUCAAUCCCUGCCUAGGCAUUAAAAAUAAAAUACUAGGUAAUUGGAGGCUAAUACGGGACUUGAUGUCUUUGUGUGUCUCUCCCUCUCUCUCUCUCUCUCUCUCUCUAAGAGCACUUUGCUGUUGCUAUUUCCAACUUCUGAGGCUUCAGAAUAUUUUUUAAAGAUCUAUGCUUUGUGGCAGCUCUACGGUGCUUAUCUCUGUCUUUGUGUGAAUCCUAUACCAAUAUCUUUUUCAUGUAGUCUGACCAUUGGGAAGCUAGAGGUUAACAGGAAACAAAGAUUUGCUGUCCGUGAACAGACCCCACAAUGAAGUCCUUAUUGAUUGGCAUGCUACAUUUUAGUCUUGAAUUACCAGUCUUCUAACUAAUCUAUUCAUACUUCUUAAGGAUUUCAGAAGAAAUGGUGGGUUUUUGUUUUUGAUUUUGGGUUUUUGUUUUGUUUUGUUUUGUUUGUUUUUGUUGGGGUUUUGUUUUGUUUUUUGUUUUUUUUUUUUUUCAUUUCAUUUCUGGCUCUUUGGUUUUCCUGGUUUGCAAGACUCCCAAUGGACCUAAUCUCACCACAUCUCCACUCCUAGCUCUCUGACCAUGAGGGUCACACUAUUCAGAGGGACAUUCCUUUCCAGUCUCGGAGGGAACUCGUUCCUGUAGGUUUCCAAAAGAGUAGGAAAAAAACAACCUGAUCUUUCUCCCAAACACCUCACAUCAUUGCCUGUGAGGACUCCUAUAUACAGAAACCCUGCUUACAAGGUGAAAUUUGCCAGACUGGGUGGGACUUGGUCCUACAAACCAGCAUUAGGAGACCUUCAGGAGACUCUUAAGGAUCCUUGAUUGCAGGGUGUUUAGGAAAGGAGGCUGUUCUUGUCCUAAUCGCUGGUCUAACACAGGGUUCAAGUGUUAAAUUAAUCCAGAUCACCAAAUGUAACUUCUCAGCAUACUUUUUUUUUCUUUUUCUUUGACCUUAGCUAAGCUGAUGAUAAUAAGCAGACUAUAAGUCAACCCCACUGAUGGGAUGAAAUGUGUUUUUCCAGAGGGUUUAUUAAUGGAUAUACUAAUUCACUGCGGGUACACUCUUAGGAUGAGGAACUACUAGCAAGUUAUGGCUACUAGUGGUUCAUGGCUCCACUAAGGAGGCCAUAAGUAAUAAAAUGGUCUUAGGGACACUGUGUUUCCAAGCCAAUGCCUGAAGAUACUGCCCUUUAUACUUGAAUCAGCUUUAUAUAUUCAUGAGUCCUCAACCAACCUGAUCAGGGAUAUAUGGGGCCACCAGCUGGGCUCUCCCCAUUGCUGAGGAUCCAUGUGUGCGUGUGGAUGUGUGCUCAGCCCAGUCCUGGAGGCAAGCGCUGCCAGCCAGAGACUGGGAAACAGGAGUAAGCUGGAAGAUGAAGACCCUGGGUAGAAAUACGGAGGCUGCACAGAGAGCAUUAGAGUUGAAAAUUAAACCUAUGUACCCUGGAUCCUCCCAGUUUGAUGUUCUGGCUAUUUUUCUGAAUGAUUAUGUCGCGGAGAAUUUUCUAUCGACAAGAAUGGUCAUGGAAGUAAGUGGACCUUUGGUCCCUUGAUUAAGCUCUUUCAUUUCUUAGAAUACUGGUUUUCAACCUCUGUUUCCAGCCAGCAACAGCAGCAACAUCUGGGAACUUGUUAAAAAUGAAAUUCUCAGGCCCCCAUCUCAGACCUACUAAAACAGAAACUAGGGAGAGGGCCCAGCCAUUUGUGUUUUAACAAACCCUCUUGGUAAUUCUGAUGCAUGCUUCAGUGUGAAAGUCACUUUUUUUUUUUUUUUUUUUUGAGGGAAAGGCAAGUAGCAGAGUCCCCACACUGAGGUGCUUUAGGACUAAAAAAUAAGUAGGUCCUAGGUUACAGUUCGGGGUUUUACAUUAAUUUCAAAGUUAUCUUUCCCAUGCUUCCUUAUGUUUCUGUUUUUCCUUUUAUUUAACACAGAAAGAAAAGGUACGUGUGCCUUUGGGCAGACGUGAGGGGGAAUGCUGGCAUCUCUUCGAGUUGAACACAAUCUUUGGAGAACUGUCUCCUGCCUCUGAAAUUUUUCCUUGGGAAACCAAAGGGCGGUAGCAGAAGAAAGCAGUUGGAGGUCUCUUCCAGACUGCUCCUCUGCUCGAUUGCAUCUACUCCGAGCAUUUUCCUGAUUAUAUAAUAGGAUGAGAAAAGUCAGAAAAUCUCAUUUAUAUUUCCAUGGCAACUUGUGCUCUUAGCAACAUCCCCCCUCCUUUAGUUGAGUUCUAAAGGGCACUGCUGGGUCUGAGAAACCUGGCCAGAACCUCCUUCCCAAGGCUGGUGGGGGACUCCAGUUCCCCCAAGAAGGCCCCAUCUCUGUGCUGUGCUCGGCUCACAGGAGGGACUUAAGCACAAAAAAGAUGCAGAACAGGGGCAGCUAAACCUCUGGGCUCAUCCUUUCCCUUCCCCAUGCCAGGCCUAGGGUACAGAAUGACUCAGCCACAGUGACAGAAUAAAAUCCUUCAACAACAACAAAAAAAAUCUGAGAGGAGCUUCUUAUCUUUCCAGAUUCACAGAUUCUAGCUGAUGGGGCCAUGGGGUAGAUGAGGCUGUGGACAACUGCUUUUGUUUCAAGUUUGUCAGUUUUCCCUGCCAGGGAGCUUGUGGGUAAAGGACAAAGGGAUGUGCUAGUACUAAGUCCCUUGAAAUCAAGGACUAAGCAUCUGGAGAGGAACUAAGGCUGGAGAAGGCUAGUGUAAAACAAAUUGCACUAAAGUCACCUCUUCAGUCCCCCCAAAGGCUGAUGACAGGCCUUUGGUCAUCUCCUGUGGGUUCUUCCUGCUUCCCUGCCAUUCCUCGGAGACUGAAGAUGUUGGAUAAUAAGCCAAGAGCUCCCAUAUCCCUGCCAGUGUCUGGGCUACUGCUGUGCAGAGCCUCCCACUUAAUGGCUUUUGUUACUGUUGUUUUUUGUGUUGUUGUCUUUUUUUAACAGAACAAUCCUUUUUUAAAAUGAAUUCCAACCCCUACUAGAUUCCUUUCCUUCCCUUCCCCACCCACCCCCAUCCUGUUUUAGGCAGCACUGUUUAUGUGGAUGGACUCUGUGUUUCUCAAAUGCAUGGCAAUCCUCAGGUGGAAAGUGGGCAGGAAUUUUUGCACCAGGUUUGGGUUUGUUUGUUUUUUUUAAUUUAUUGGACAUAAAGCUCCAAACCAGGAUAUGUGUGUCUGUGUGUUUAUGUUUUUUUCUCAUUUGACCCUCUCUUUCAGUCUACCCCCUUUUAUAUCUAAUGUAGAGAAAGCAAAUUUGAAUCUGGAAAGCAAACCGUUGUAUAUAGUUGCGGUAACAAUCAUGAAGAGAGCUGAGCUGUCCCCCUAGUAAUUUAAGUUAACAAAUUGGUUGAAAAUUAAAUCCAUGCCAGGCCAACUGAAGAGGCCUUCCUCAAUCACUGCCAGAGGCCCCUCCUCUGGGCCCUCUGUUCCAUCAGGCAUGUCUCCUCCCAGCAAGAUUCAUCUGUUUGAUGCCAUUUGCGUUUCAAUAAAGUUAUCUCCUGUA